AUGAAUGGUACAUUUUUUGAUAAAUACAAAUAAAGUACAGAUCUUUUAGUUAAAUUGUCUAAAUUAGGAUCAGCAGUAACUGCAGUUUAUGAAAUUCGAGAAAUUAAUUAUAUGAUUUCAGGUAAGUCUCCUUUUUUUGAUUUCUUUACUGAUUAAAAACGAAUUGAAUAAAAUGUUAUAGUAGAGAAAGAACUUGAAAAAAUAAAUGAAUUUCUAGUUUUUUAUUUGUUUCUUGAUUUGUAAAUAAUAUAACAAUAUUUAUUAGUGAUUUAUCAUUAACAGAUGAUGAUUUUGUAGAUAAAUUCGAAAAUGUUUAAUCAACAAAUUUAUGUAAUUUUAUAAUUCAUGUAAAUGAUUAUUUAUCAUGAUUAGUACAACUAAACUUUGGCUUAAGAACAUUGUAAUUUAAUUUAUGAGGGAGUGAUGAAAUUAGGAUUGAUUAAUACACUUACUGAAAUAUACAGAUAGAUCAAGACAGAAUAUGAAAAUACUAAAGGCUUUUAAAUUUAAUAUAGAAAUAAAUUUGGUGCUUUUGAGGAAGUUGAAAUUGGAUUAAUUGCAUCAGAUUCAAUUUUAUAUUUAUAAUCUGAAGUAUUUAAUGCUGUAGAAUUAAAGACUUCAGAAUUAAUAACUGCUCAUUAAGUAUUAAAAUUUAAAAGACUAUUUAGAUUUUGA